CCACUGUCAGGAUGCUCAAUCGUGGCUUUACUUUGGUUGGGCUGGGGGUUAUUCGUGGCUGAAGUGAAUCUGUAUCAGCAGGGGGUUCACCCUGGAACGAUAGGAAGGAACAUUUCCGAGGAUUUUUAUCGUUAAGGAAAACUGGACUGGACUUUUUCGUACUAUUUUGGAAGGCAGGGGCGAGUGCUAAAUGUUGUUAGCUGGUUCAAUCAAACGAACGACACAGUAAUCAAAAGCCGCCACGAACCGAGGAAUGAAAGGAAGACUCAAAGGAUUGUAUCGACUGUAUGAGACUGGUGACAGAACAAGCUUUAUUUCUCAGGAAAGGCCAGAAUUAAAAGCUCAGAAGAUAAAGCAUUUGAAAAUGGUGGCUGACCUCACGGGAACGUGGCAUCCAGUGGUUGUCGAAGGAUAUGAGGAAAUGCUGAAAACUAUAGGGUUCGGUGGCCUGAAGUUAAAGGGAGGUUUGAUAGCUGAUGAGGUGAUCAAACAGACGGAGGCAGAGAUACAAAUAGCCACCGGGGUCACUAUCAUGUUUAUAUUCCUUUCUAAGACUCAAACCAUUAAAAUAAAUGGAACGGUGGACGAAACGGACCCGUUAGGAAAUACUUGGAAGGUGACUGCUAAAUGGGAUGGUGAUGAGCUCGACAUUAUAGCCGAAUGUGCAGACAAGGGCUUCCGAAAUGCUGGUCGGAGAAGUAUAGAAGACGGAGACAUGGUAGUUAAAUAUGUUUUUACUCACCCUAAUGGAACAAUCAAUGCAAUCAGACGGCUUAAGAAGAAAGCAUAGCACCAGGAUGUGUGGACAAAAAGUGCUGAAUAGCCAACUCAAGAACAACGACCAGAUAAAAGUGUGGAUCUGGUGGCCAAACGAUAGAAAGGGCUGGAGGCAAUCUAGAAAGGAACUAAUGGCCAUGAAUAAAACAGUAUGGGAUGUUUUGGGCUUAGUGUAGGGUCUGAGCGAAAAUUGCAUACCCAGUGUUCUAUCUUGCCAUAGAGGAGCGAACUAGAAUCAUGUAGCAAACGAUCAUAUCGGUCGCAGGAGUCUACUCUACUCUAAAGAUACUGUCGUGGAUACUUUGGUAUCUAGAAGAACGGUAUUGCUGCCCAAUGUGGCCGAAUAGUUAUGUUAUUGCGUCAACCUACUUACAGGUAUGGACAACUGGUUGCUGUACAUUGUUAUAUCUUGAUUUUGAGACGCGAGGACGAGCAAAUUAUUUCACAUUGAAUGACUCAAUAACAAAGACAACCUUUUAGUCAUGAAAUAAAUUACUUUGAAAGGA